AUGAACUGUGGGAUGCUACAUAUAUUCCACGCAAAUGAAUACAAACAAAGCGAUGAGAAUCUUCGUAAUGAAAAGAUUGAUCAAGAUGAAAUUGACGCUUUACUUGAAGAAGCGGAAGAAUUUAUUGAAAACUAUGAUGAUGAACACACCGAAAAUGUUGAAGAACAGAUAGAAGACAGGAGUGUUGCAAGUAUUUAUGAACGAUUGAGACGGAGAAAUGAUGAUGAUAAUUCUGAUCAAGAUCCCAAUCCAAAUGACAAAUAUCAGAAUGAUGAGGAUUUAAAUGAAAAGAUUCAAGAAAUUGAAGAAGACAUUCAAAAAGACAAAGAAGAUGUCGAAUCACUUAACGAUGAAGAACAAAUCGAGGAAACACGCGAAACAUAUGAGGAAAAUGACGACUUAAUUGAUCGAAUUUAA